CUGACUGGGGAGCAGCAGGGGUCAGUCAGGGACAGACAGUUCGAAGUGGUUGAUGUCCCGGUGGUUUAUCACACGGAUGAUCCUCAGCAGGAGUUCAGCGGAUCUGAGCUUCUUCCAGAGAGGCAGCCCCGGCAGGUGCCAAGAUGCUUGAAGUAGACCAGGACCACGACUUCGGAGAUCUACCAGAGGAUUUAUCUGAAUUCCUGAACGAUGAUUACCUGUUGGGCACGGAUGUUUUCCUUGGUGAUUCAUGGUUUAAUCCUGAGGAACUCACCAACUUCAAUGAAGUCGCUGUUCCGGCAGAGCAGCCGCACCCUGGCGGCCACCAGCAUGGGAACAUGGACCAAUUCACCGGCAUACAAAACAAAAGGAGAAAAAGACAGAGAGUUCCUCGGUCACGGCGGUGCUCUGAUGAGAAGAAACCACCAUCCACACCAAAAAGACACAGAGCAGCAGGCGCCGACGUGGAGGCAGAGCUCAUUACUGCAGAGGCAGCGAACCCAACCACAACUCCCACAAGAAUCCUUCACCUCCAGCCCCGUAUUCAUUUCAUCACCAUCCCAGACUCUAAAGGAUAUCAGCUCAUCCCGAACGUGGGGCUCUCCCCUCCGGUUAUUAGACUCCGACUUCCGGGUGCAGCCGCUACACCCACAUACAUAUUAGUUCCUUCCGCCUCAACACCGUGCAAACCCCAACUGCAGCCGCUCUCCCCGGUGGAUGCUGCAGUAGUUCCCGUCCAAAUGAGCUCUUCACCACCAGGCUCCCUGUCGGACACUGCUAGCAGAGCAAUGUCUCCCCCUCAUACCUCGAUCUCCUCCACAAAGACUUCCCCAUCCAACGAAUCACCUCCUCCUCAGUCUCCCACUGUCCACGAUAUUCCAGAGAGUGUAAGAGACUACAUUCAGAAAGUAAAAGCCCACAUGGGUCUAACAUGCCCGUGUAUAGAGGAGGGUGUUAGUCUGACCUCUCAUUACGUGGAUGUGAAAGUGAGCCAGAGAGAAACCUUUCGCUUGGGAAAGAACUCAAACAGAGUUCUGGACAAGGAGCUCAUCAUCACGGGAGAUACGGAUCGACAAAACAGCUUGUUGGGGCUCAGUCAGAUCUUCGGAGACUCGAAAGGACAUAGCCCCAAACGAUACAUAGUGCUGCUUGGCAAUGCUGGUAUGGGAAAAACCACCCUGAUCCGGAAGCUGUGCCUUGACUGGUCCAGAGACAGCAUCCCACAGUUUGACUUUGUCUUCUUAUUAGAUGGCAAAAAACUCGCUUUGAAAAACCCCAUCUACAGCCUGCAGACCCUUUUAUUAAACCUCUCCUCCUUUGCCACUUCUUGCACGAACCCUGAGGAAGUGUACGCUCAGAUCCUUGCGGCCUCCAAGCGCGUGCUCAUCGUUUUCGACAAUUUUGACGAGCUGCGAGAAUACGAAGUUCUACUCCAGACUCAAGAGAAGGACGUGAUCACAUCGCUUCAGAAAGACAGUAAAGCGGAGACCUACACUGUAAGACAGCUGUUCUCUGCCAUCCUUCAGAGGGUCCUUCUUCCCAGAUGCACUCUUCUGCUCAGUUCACGGCCGAGGGGCUCGGCCAACCAGCUCCUCCGUCGGGCAGACAGCUUUCUGGAGGUAUGUGGCUUUACUCCCACCGAUGUAGAAGCAUACUUGUCCCAGUACUUCACUGACCCGGCCCUCAGAGCCUCUUCUUUGGAAUACUUAAUAAACUGUAGCUAUCUACAUCUCCUCUGCUGGAAUCCCGGACUAUGUCGGUUGGUGUGCCUGGUGUUGGAACAGUCCAAAACUUUGGACGUCCUACCGAGAACUCUAACCGGGCUCUGCCAUCAAGUGCUACGUUUGAAAAUGGAAAAGCACGGUAAGGCCACAGACUCGCAGCCUGAAGUUAAAACAAAAACACCCCUGCAAUCUGAAGAAGAAACACAAAUCUCAGGUAAUAAUCAACUGAUCGUGUCUCACAAAAACAUUCCAGUCCGCAAGUCCAGAGCACGAGUUCCCACUUGUACUCGCUCAAGCAACAGAAGAGCGAGGGGGGUAAAAAAGCAAGUGACAGAGGGGAGUGAGGUGGACUUGGAGGAGAUGGAGAGUGUGGGAAGGGAGGUGGAUAGAACGGAGGAGAGAGAGCUGCUGUCCCAGCUCAGCUCUCUGGCUUGGGAGGGGGUCAAAGCCAACUCGUCCAUCCUUCCCACGAAGCGAACCUUAGCUGCCAAACACAAAGCCUUUGGCCUCAGGACAGGACUCCUCCUCUGCCUUCCCCUGAGGAAGAGGCUGGGUGUCUCAACGGAAGAGGGGGGUGGAGGAGAGGACCGAAAAGAAAUGGGAGGAGGAGAGGAACAAGACCUGAAGACAGAGAGAGGGACAACAGAGAUUAUAAACAGUGAUGACAGUGAUGGCCACAUCCUGUUGUGGGCCAGUCCCUUCCUUCAGAGCUACUUGGCAGGAGUCCAUCUUUCUCUUUCUAAGACUGUGUCAGAGCGCACCUUCCUCCAGAACCUUCCUUUCCACUCAGGACUCAAGGGACGUCGCCGCCCUCAGAGAGAGGAAUUCCAGCUGACUCAGCGAUUCGCAGUCGGCCUCCUCUUCCACAACAGUGCAGAGCUGCAGAGCCUCCACUCACAAACAGAGGCGGCCUUCAGGGAUAUGGUGGUCAACCGACAGGCUCUAGUGACAAAGCACCUCAAAGGCCUUUCUCACGGUGAACUGAGUCCCGCCCAGGUCCUGGAGGCGUGUCACUAUGUUUACGAAGCAAGUUUCACAUCAUCUGGUGACGGGAGCAGAGGCAGCGCGCGACUGGUCGCUCACCUGGCAGCGAAUCUCCCAGACGUCCAGUCAUUUCACGGAGUUCGUCUCAACCCUCCGGACGUGUUCACUGUGCAGAACAUGCUUGAACGAGGUGGAGGCUUCUGCUUGGAUCUGGGGGAUUCUGGGAUCGGGGUUUCUGGACUGAGAGCGCUGGUGGGACUCGACAAUGUCAACUCCUACAGAGCGUGCAUUGCUGAUGUUAUUGCCCUAUGGGAGCAGCUGGAGCGGAGUGGGGAGGAGGGGCUCCUGCGAGGGGCGGUGUCCAAGUUCAAGAUCCAUCCUCUGAAAGUCACACAGCUGUGUCAUGUGGAGCACCUGGCACAGCUGGUGAACAUACAUGUGCACAGGAGGCUGUCGAGCAGUUGCACCGAUUCAGAGUCCAUCUUGGCAGACGGAGUACCAGCUGUCAAAGAGCUACACAAACUGGAGUUUGAGCUCGGCCCAGACAAAGGUCCCCUGGGUAUCUCCAAGCUGUGGGAGCUCCUGCCAGCUCUACGUAACCUACAGCACUUGGAUCUGGAGAACAGUAAGAUAGGGGACGAGGGAUCUGAGAGGUUGGCUGAUGCUUUAGCGUCACUCUGUUCCCUGGAGAUACUGAAUGUGUCACAGAAUUGCAUUGGGGACCAUGGGCUGAAGAAACUGGCAACCAGCCUCGGAUAUCUGCCCAACCUGCACUGUUUGAGUCUCUACAGUAACAUGAUUUCUGACGGAGGGGCGGAGAGUUUAGCAGCCCUCCUCCCACACAUGGCAUCUCUCACUGACCUGGAUGUGAAGUACAACAAGCUGACAGAUGUGGGAGCGCAGAGCCUCGGAGCCAGUCUGAGAAACUGUAAAAAAAUAAGGACUUUAAGGAUGUGGAACCAGUGUAUUCCAUACGGAGUGUUUGAGCGCCUUCAGCAGCAAGACGGUCGCAUCCUCUGGCAUUGAAACAACAUGAAACCUCUUUGUGACACGGCUGUGAUUUACCUGUCAUGCAUCUGCAUGAUACACAGUUUCCUAAAGCAUGAAUGCUUAAGAGACAAUGGAGAGAGGAUUCUUUGCUGCUUUAAUAAGAAAUGCACUUCCUUUAUAAGAUGAUGUUAGGUCUUAGAUGGAAAUUAUUUCACAUUUCACAGUACUGCAGCUAUGGAGAAAUUCCAGAAAUACAUUUGCACCUUGAUGUUUGUCUAGUUUUUUAUAUGAGUUACUGUUUGUUUUUCUUCUGACGUUGUUUCCUAAAUGUUGUAAAGAGUUUUUUCUAUUUGUGUUUUUUUGUGUAAAUUAUAUAUUUGUUGAUACUCUUUCUGUGGCUGUAAAAUAUAAAUAGCUUCACAAUCAUCUGACACUUGAAUAUGAAUUUUGUCAAUUCUGUUUUCAUUUCAAACCUUGGAUACAAUUAUUCAACAGCAGGCCUUCCAGAGUUUGACUAAAUGAAUGAAUGAAUAAACUAAGAUGGAAAUUCA